UCGAUGUUACCUUGAAACUCAGAACAGAAGCAGAGCAGGUUGUCCGCUGUGUUCCACUCGGUGAGAGAAUGGCCUCUACCAUGAGCCUCCUCUCUGAGAAGCACUUCUUGUGCUCCCUGUGCAGAGACAUCUUCACCAGCCCGGUGACCAUAGCGUGUGGACACAGCUUCUGCUUGUCCUGCCUGAGCCACUACUGGGCCCGACACCAGUCCAAAUAUUGCCCCCACUGUAAGAGAGUGUUCACUGACAAGCCCGACCUCAGCGUCAACCAUAUCCUCGCAGACAUCUCCGACAACUACAGGAAGACUCGGCCACAGCAACCACCUGAUGAGGAAAUGGUUAUAGAUUUCGAGCAGAUGAUCCUGGAAAGGCUGCAGAAGAUAGAAAGGUUGAAAUAUUCUCUCGAGGUGCAGAAGGGCUCUUACCUGAGGGAGGUGCGAGAGAGUCAGAGAGUCUUCUCUGCCCUGGUGUACGCCAUGGAGAAGAGCCACAAAACAGUUGUUGCUGCAAUCGAGGACCGACAGAGAGACGAGGAGAAGCGUGUGGAGACGCUGGUGACGGAGCUGGAGCAGGAGAUCCAGGAGCUGAGGAAGGAGACCACCGAACCGGACCACCAGAAUCCUGUGAUCCACGAUCAGACUGACGACACAAAGCAAAUUAACUUGAAAACUAUUUCCCUCCUGGACAUGAAGGACUGGUCCAAGGUUACCGUGGAUACGGACCCUUGUUUCGGGGUGACCAGACGAGCACUGUCGGACAUUGUGGACAAGAUGAGAGCAGAAGUCAACAGGCUCUCCAAAUCUGAACUAAAAAGAACAGAGAAAUACACAGUGGAUGUCAAUCUGAGCGCCAAGACAGCCCACCCCUUCCUCUCGGUCUCAGAAGACAGGAAACAGGUGAGGCACACGGACAAGCUCCAGGAGGUGCCAGAUAACCCCAAGCGCUUCGACCGUGUGGCUAACGUGCUGGCCAAGGAAAGCUUCAGCAGUGGGAGGUGCUACUGGGAGGUGGAGGUCGGGGAGAAGCUUGAAUGGAGCCUGGGCGUCGUCAAAAAGUCCAUAAACAGGAAGGGCAAGUUCACCGUCUGCCCUGCGAAUGGUUUCUGGACUUUAAGCCUCCGGGCUGGAGGCCAGUUCGUGGCCAACACCUCUCCCAUCAGCCCAUUGGCUCUGGAGCCCAGGCCCAGGAAGGUGGGUGUGUUUGUGGACUACCCAGUGGGCCGCGUGUCCUUCUACUGCGCAGAAUCGGGGGUCCACAUCCACACCUUCACAGACACCUUCACCGACAGGCUUCAUCCCUUCUUCGGCCCCGGUCGCCUGCACGGAGGCAAGAAUGCUGCUCCUCUAAUCAUCGGUUCCAGUUUUUGCAGCAUCUGAGGAUCAAUCUCACACAUCUCCACUUGUGAAACAGCUGCUAUUCUUGUUAUGAUCUUUCCUGUGUGAUGAAUAUAUUUAAUAAUUUAUAUGAACUUCUACUGUGAACAUCAUGUCCCCUGUCAGAACAGUGAACAAGAGGUGGCAUAAGGACCGACUCCCUACACUUGAAAAACUUCAAUGAAACCCAUAAACAGAUUGAAAAGGACAGAGGAGAAAAGAGAAGGCUCUCAUAAACGAACAAGUGUGUCAAAAAAAAGAGGAGAAA